UGCUCGUUCGUGCCGAUCCCCGAUCCUCUCCGGUUCCUCUCGGAAGCACCUUCAUCACUUCAAGUUCAUCUGCUGAAGAUCUGAACCCUUAAGAUGAAGAUGAACGAGUUCCUUCACGCGUUUGACUUCGAGAGUCAGUUUGACGAUCGCGUCGCGUUUGAAUGGUUUCAGCACAACUGGGGCACAUCGUUUGUUCUGUCGGCCACGUAUGCAGCGGUUAUAUUUCUUGGACGCGUCUUUAUGAAGGACAGGCAGAAGUUGGACUUGCGGACGCCUCUCAUGCUCUGGUCAUUUUGUCUGGCCGUAUUCAGUAUAAUGGGAGCGCUGCGGACGAGCUGGUACAUGUUCAAUAAGGUGACGUCACACGGGCUCCUGGAGUCUGUGUGUGACACGGAGUUCUACAGCGCCCCCGUCAGCAAGUUCUGGGCGUACGCGUUCACUCUGAGUAAAGCGCCUGAACUCGGUGACACGGUGUUCAUCGUCCUGCGUAAGCAGCGUCUGAUCUUCCUGCACUGGUAUCAUCACAUCACCGUCCUGCUCUACACCUGGUACUCGUACAGAGACCGCGUGGCCGGCGGCGGCUGGUUCAUGACCAUGAACUACAUCGUCCACGCGUUCAUGUACAGCUACUACACCAUUAAAGCGGCCGGCAAGCGUGUGCCGCGACCCUUCGCCAUGCUGAUCACGCUCAUGCAGAUCACGCAGAUGAUCGUGGGCUCGAGCGUGCUGCUGCUCGUCUACCGCUGGAAACACGACGUCCACUGCAUCUCCACCAUGCACAACAUCGUCUACGGCUCUGUCAUGUACCUCAGCUACCUGCUGCUCUUCUCCAUCUUCUUCUAUCAGACCUACCUCAAACGCUCGGGAGACGGAGAAGACAAGAAGAGAGUGAAACGAGAGUGAGAAGAGCUCAAAGCUCUUUAAAAUAUGCAAAACCGUCCAUAAAGUCAUUUAAAAACACUAGUUUACAUGCUCAGAGAUGAAAAUAGAUAUGGCUGUAUCAUAGUGUAAAUGUUAAAGAAGAGCACUGACUGAAUGUCACAAUACCAACUCAGAUGUUACCUCAAAAUAGAAGAAAUUAUAUUUAGGAAAAUAGAGCACUGUCCCUUUAAGGGUUACGUUUUGUUAGUAGUGAUUAUAGUUAAAAGAAGAAAUAAUAAAAGAAGUUUAAAGAAGAAGAAUGAGAUAAGAGAAAAUAAUAAUAAUUAUUAUUAUUAGUUUCAAAUAUAUAUAUAUAUAUAUAUAUUAAAAAAAAACUGUUUGCAAACAAUGCCAUAUAUAUAUAGCAUUUAUUUUUAUUUUUUAUUUGCAUUUUUUAUUUGCAUUUAUACAUAUAUAUAUAUAUAUUUUUUUUUUUUUUUUGUUUUUUUGUGUUUAGUUUUUGCAUAUAUAUUUACUUUUAUUUUUGUUUUUUGCAUUGUUUUGCAUUGUGAAUUUUUUUAUGAAAAUUAAGCACAUUAAACCUCCAUGAGAAAAAUAUAUUUAAAAAAAAAAUAUAUAUAUAUAUAUAUAGAGAGAGAGAGAGAGAAUUUUUUGUUGCAUUUUUUAAACAAAAAAAUUAUAUAUAUAUAUAUACACACACACACACAUUUUUUUUUUUUGGCUUUUUUUCCAUUUAUUUUUAUUAUUUUAUUAUAUAUGUAUUGCAUUUAGUUUUAAUUUUUUUUGCAUGUUUUUAAACUACAUAUAUAUAUUUUUUUUGUUUUGUUUUGGUUUGGUUUUUUUCUUUUUGUGUUUAUUUUUUGCAUUUGUUUUGCAUUUUUUUCUGUUUUCUGCCAUAUAUAUGUGCAUUUUGCAUUUUUUUUUUUUUGCAUUUUUUUGUUGCAUUUUUUGCAUUGUGACAUUUUUUAUGAAAAUUAAGCACAUUAAACCUCCAUGUUGUCAUUAUUGUAAUGUAGAAAAAAAUUAAACAACUAUAUAUUGUUUGAACUGUAAAGCAUUUACAUGACAGUAGUGUUUCUUGUACAGCAUCUAAGUUGUUUAUUUAAAUGAAAAAAUAUUAAAUUACAAUAUUUUUAUAAGGUGUGCAUAACAUAAUUAUUAUGAAAAUAAUGUCACAAAGCAAAAAAAAUGUAUGUUCUUAAAAAAAUGUGUUAAUGUAAUUUAAAAAUGUGAUUUUAUAUGAUUUUGGGUUGAAUUGUGACUUUAAUCAAAUGCUCUGUGAGAUUCGCUCUCUAACGGAAGUCCUUUUAUAAGUGUAUGAGUUAAACGUGUUAAUGUUUACAGGUCUUGUGUGUUGAAACAUUGAUUUUAUCACAGUGAAACAAAGUCGCACAUUCUGCUCUGAUGUCUGUCAUGAUUAAGCCAUUGUCAUUCAUUAUUAACAUUGUCAAGUUGAGUUGUUACAGAUAUGAGAGAUGAAAAUGCUUCAAAACAACAAAAAGUCAAGCUGAAGCUGCUGAAUAUUACAGUAUAUUCAUAGAAACGACAUUUAAUUUGCACAAAAUCUCACUGCGAAUGCAGACAUGUAAGAAAUAUUUUAAAAGGAUUUGCUUAAAAAGCACUUUAUAGAGUUGAAUAUCCAAAACUAUCGGUCCACUUGCAGGUUUUUGCAAUAUAUUCUACUGUAAAACACAUGUUUAAGAUUUAGUGUGUUAUAUUUCAGCACUUCUGUGUCCUAUACUGUAAAUAUGUAGUAGUGAUUAUAGCACUUCAGCGUGUCAGAACGAUCUGUAUGUACUCUAUACAGACUUGGUAUUGUGUUUGUGGUUGUCGAGGCCUGUCGGGAGGUUUAAAGUCGUCUUUCUGGUUAUUCAACACACAGUACAGUUUGAGCUGAUCUGGUUGAUUGUCAGAGCAGGUCGAUUUAUCAGCAUUUGUGUUUCUAUAGAGGCAGUAAUGCUGAAACACCUGCUCAGGUGAAUGAAUGUGUUUACAGGUGUGUUUGAGACUCUUGAACAGAGAACAGAGACUCAUUAUCAGCCUUUAUUCAUCCUGUUCGAUAGUUUAUCUGUUGUUCUACAUCUUUUCGAUCGUUAGAAAUACUGAACAUCAUUUGAGUGACUUUCUCUCACACUUUAUUUUUAUGUAAACAGUUCAUCCAAUGUUGAGUUUCCUGAACUUCUGUUUACACAAGGAACGUUCUGAAGAAUGUGUUUAUUAAUAAUAAACACCUAAUGAAUGUA